CACUACAACAAUGGUUUCCCAUUCCCGAGAAUUCCGACUCAUUUGUUAACUAUUGCUCAAUAUUUCAAAAAUCAACCAUCAGGUUCAUCUGCUCAAAAUCAAGCCACCAAAAUUACAAAAACACAGCCAAAGCAACUUCAGACUAGAAAUAUCGCCUGCGCCCAGUCAUGACUGCUGUCCCAUACUCGAUCCGGCAAGAAGCCGAGCAUAUCUUCCGGGACACCCUCCUGCGAGACCAACGCCUAGGUCUCCCCCAAAAGGUAGCUUCCGCAUCAGAGAGGACGACGUUCGACACCACCGCCAUUGAUACCGCCUAUCUACCCGUCCCAUGGAAGUUUUUCGAAAGCAGCGCUGCCUUGUGGGCCCUCGCUGCGACCUACGGUAACGCCAUAGCCAAGGAGCGCUUCGGCGUCGACCAAGACGUCGUGGUCAAUACCGACGUGGCCAGCCUGUUUCUGUGCUCAAGCCUCCUGGUUAGGGUCAACGGCAAGAGCUUUCAGGAUUCGGAAAUCGGGGCGAGGGUUGCCAACAUGAACGCCACAAAAUCGCUGGCCAUGAUCGGAUUGCCUCCAACGAACCCUGACCUGGACACAUCUGAAAAGAUCAUUGCGGAGAUCUCUUCCAAAGUUGAAGAAUACGACGCGGAUUGGUUGGAUACAGAAGCCAACCAAUACUGGCGGCAAGCUGGCACGAUUUGUCUGACCGAGGACGAGUUCCACACAUCUGAGCAAGGAAAGGCCAUCAAAGACGACGGCAUAUACGUUAUCAACCAAUUCGAUACCCCUUCGCUGCCACCAACCCCAUACCCCACCGUCUCGCGCGACAAGCUCCGCCCGCUGGAGGGCCUAAAAAUGAUCGACAUAUCCAGACCAGACAUUGGGCCGCUGCUCAUCGACGGCAACCUCGGCAAACGCGACGUCAGCCUGGACCUCAAGAGCGAAAGCGGCCGCGCGACGCUCCGCCGCCUCAUAUCGGACGCCGACGUGGUCCUCGACGGCUACCGGCCGGGCGCGCUGGACCGCCUCGGCCUGGGCGCCGACUACUGCCGCACGCUGGCCCGCCGCCGAGGCAGGGGCGUGGUGGUGGUGCGCGAGAACUGCUACGGCUGGAGCGGGCCCCUCGCGCCCCGGUCGGGCUGGCAGCAGAUAUCCGACUGCUUCACGGGCGUGGCGUGGGGCAUGGGCCGGUUCCUGGGCCUCAACGAGCCCGUCGUGCCGCCGCUGCCCAACUCGAACUACCAGACCGGCCUGGCGGGCCUGGUGGGGAUCCUGGCGGCGGUGGAUCGCCGCGCCACCGACGGCGGGAGCUACGUGGUCGACGUCUCGCUCAACCAGUACAACCAGUGGCUCCUUUCGCUGGGUCAGCUGGCGCCGCGGGUGCAGAGGGCCCUGCGCGAGCUGCACCCGCGGCUUGCGCUGCGGCAUCACGACGACAUGCUCAACCUCACGACCAAGCUGAUGCAGAGCUUGGUGCCGCAGGUCCCGGGGCUUUUUGCCAGGCCAGAGUACUUUGGGCGGAUCAAGAGUGAUUUUGACGCUCCGGAUGGUGAGAUGGAGGAUCUGACGUAUCUUUUGCCGGCGGCCAGGUACGGCGUGACAAGGUUGGGGUAUGAUGUUGGGAGUUGCUUUUUGGGCAAAUAUGAUGCCGAAUGGCCUGCUUGAGCUGAUCUGAUUAUUAGAUCGUCCAAGUCAGAAUAGUCAAUCACAGUCCAACAAACGCAAGCCUGACGGAUGAGGGAGAAGAUUCAAAG